AUAGUGCACUCGCCUGCUGCUGGCCACCAGCUCAGCCCAGCCAAAGGGGAUUAGUGAUCUGGUCGAUGCCAUUGUUGCUCGGACGCUCGAGUCCACCGAGGCUACUCACGAGAGAACUGUGCCGCUGCUCUGCCUGCUGGCUGAGCUGCUUGGAAAAUACCCUGACGAUUCUCUGGCCGCAAUGACCGCGAAUCCCGCUCUGCGCCGCUUCAACCGCCAUAUCAUCAAACUGCUGAGUGCCCCGUCGCCCUCGGUCACUGCACCUGCGCUUCAUAUCCUGACACAGAUACUGCUGCAUUCGUAUGGCACAACACCCUCGCCACUGACGAUUAUCGCAGAGAGCCUUGGUCCCAAGCUGUUUGACGACUCGCACAUUGACCGCACGCUGGUUCUGGUGGCAGACCUGUGCCUAAACUGCAAGGGUGCUGAGAACUCGCUUACUGUCGAUGAGGAUCUGCGGGUUCUUGGUGCUAUUGCAGGCUUGGUGAGGGUGGUUGUUGUGAGCAAUGCCGCUGAGCGGUUCUUCCAGUCGGCUAGACUGGCUGGGGCGCUCGAGCACGUGGCACUGCUGGCUAGACUCGACCGCCGCUACAUGUUCCCGCUGCUACACAUAGUAAACCCGAUUCUCGCUGCUCCUGCUGGCGCUGGCUCGCCACUAGUCAACGGUCUGACGAUGCCGCAGCCACCUAGCGAUGACGAGCCAAAGAGUACCACCACAGUCGCUGUGGUCGCCGAUAUAUUUGACAUCAUUCUGUCGGGCAUUGAGGACGCUGCAUACACGGUGCCGCAAUCGUCUAGCAUGGCAGCGUUGGAGGGCGUUCCAUGGCCGCGUGUAGCUGGUGACGAACGCGGUUGUGGGUGGUUUGUCAACUGUGACCAAGAGUCACGCUCUUUGGUGGCUGGGUUUAUCGUUGCUGUGCUAAGCAACCACCAGCUGAAGGAGUUUGAGCUGUGGUCCAAGGAUCUGGUACAGGUCGCAAGCCAGGCAGUUGGUAUGUUGCUGCCGCUGGCUGCUUCAGGCGAGCCACUCGACCCAUUCGCCAUUCAACGCUCGCCUAGUACCAACGGUUCAGAGAAAUUGUUGGCAGAGUUCGCCGAUACGCCAUCCCGGGUUGACAAGGCCAGCGUCAGGUACCAGUACUCGAUUCUGGUUUAUUAUUGGGCCAUUCAGCCUGUCAUUGACAUGGUUGACCAGGUAGCCAAGGGAAACCUGGUGUUUGCCGAUGCCUGGAUGAGCUGGCUGGCUGCAUCGGGUGUCCAGCUGUGGGCGCGGAGUGCUCAAGGGUCAAGCUCGGCGAUGUUUCGGGAUAUCCAGGAGAUAUUUAUGCGUGCACGGUCGACCACUACCGACUCGAUACCUGCACAUGUAGCCACUCCUUCCACAUCACCACAUCCGUCAAAGUCACCCACACCCAGCGGCACUGCACCCAUCCGUGCCGAUGCUGCAAUCGACAUUACUGAGAUGCGCGCCGCUAACGGUCCUCAGGAGGCUGAGGAUAUGGAAGUGUGCGAGCCAGAGGACAAUGGAGACAGCGAUUCGCUUUUGCGCAUGGUUUUGCUGCGACAGUGGGCGCGGGCAACCGAGUGUGAGCUGGCGCUGAGUACUCUUCAAAGCGCACAGCUCGCGCAUGCCCAGCUGUUACCAUUGCACCGCACGAUCCGGCAUCUGCAGAGCCAAGUGAUGCCCACUCAAGGUGGAGCGAGUGUUCUGUCGCAAAGCAUUUCUAUGCUGAACCAGAUGCAGCAAGGCCACGCAACGCAAAUAGCCAGUACCAAACUGGCAUUCGAGCAGCAGCUACACCAGGUGAGCGAGGAUCUGCAGGAUGCCGAAGAAGAAGUUACCGAGCUGCGCUACGACCUGGAUUUAAAGCACCAGGAGAACCAGCGACUUUUCCAUGAGCUCAACGCCAAACAGCAAAGCAUCGACGAGCUGGUCAACGACCAGCAGGCGCUGCAGCGCAGGCUGGCUGAAAUGCAAAGCUCCUUUGCCAAAUCACAGGCGGACUGCAACGAGUGGAAGCAGGAGUGUAUCAAGACUCGCGAGACUCUCGAUAGCAGCGAGCGGGUCGGCAUUGAGACCCGCCAGCAGAUUUUGCAAAUGACCGAGGCGCAACAGGAGAUGCAGCGCAUGUUUGACGGGAAGCAGCAGGCAUGGGAAGACAGGACGCAGGGUAUGACUGAGAAUAUCGGCAAGUUGGAGACUACCCUCGAUGAGUCCAUACGCAGAGUACGUGAGUUGGAGGCAGCCAUAGAGAAAGAGCGCGCUGAGAACGCGGAGCUUUUGAGGAAGACAGAGGUGAUGGAUCAGAAACUUGUAGAGUAUGCACGGGUCUCUGAGAACUUCCAGAAUGUGACAAGACUCCCUCACUAGCAAGUGACAUAAAACGAAUGCUAAGCCGUUUACAAACCACAUAUCUUCUCAACUUCACACACAAAUCCAUAUUAGUACAUUUACAUUGGCUGUCCAUGGAUCUACCCAAUCUUGCCGAUGGCCAUAUAAUGAGGCGCAUCA